AUGCUGGGGGACGACAUCUCCCCCGAACAGCUCCAGUUCGGCGAGCAAUUGACCCAACGGGGUCUGCAGCUAGAGCAGGCCAUGGCGGAAGUGCAGAAUGGUUUGGCGGUUUUGGAGCAACAGGAGUUGGUAAAAAUGGCGAAAGCGAAGGCAAAAAAAGCAGCGAUGACGGCCGCGAAGCAGAAAGCCGCAGCGCAAAAUCAGCGAUUCGCGAAGAAGCACAAAAUCCCGCCAAAGAUGAAGAAAGCGCCGCCGAAGAAGAAGGGGAUUCCGAAGUACAAAGACCCGCAAUCCGUGAUUAAAAAGCUCCCAAUUGCGAAGGCGGGCGCAUCGGUGGAUAUGCUGGGGCUGGCACAGGGAGGUGGAGGCGGGAGUGGUGCUGGG